AUGAAGCUUACUGCCAUUCUCUCCACCGCGGCGCUCGUCUCGGCCGCCGCCGCCACCCCCCAGGGCGGCUACGGCUAUGGCGGUGGCCAUGACGGCUACGACGAACCUGAGUAUCAGAAGCCGACCUGGUCCAAGACCAUUACCAACCACACCACCACUGCUUACGGCAAGCCGUCGCACUCGACCACCCAUGAGAAGCCUCCUCCUCACACCACGGAGAAGCCUGCCAAGCCGACGACCAAGCACGAAUAUGCCACCACCACGGUCUUCCACACCAAGUUCACCACCUACUGCCCGGAGCCGACCACCAUCUGCGUCAACGAUGAGACCAUUACCGUCACCAAGCCAACCACGUUGACCUUCACCAACUGCCCCUGCACGUUCCACCCACCCAAGCCCACGCACCACCCAAAGCCGCACCACAAGAGCGAGACUCACGCUCCUCACCCUCCUCCGGAGACAAAGACCGUGGAGCAUCCUCACCACGAGACCAAGACGGUCGUGCCUCCUCCUCACACCAAGGUCCCGCCGCCUCCUCCUCCCGAGACCAAGACUGUGGUGCCUCCUCAUCACACCAAGGUCCCUCCUCCUCCUCCUCCCCCGGAGACGCAGACUGUCGUCCCGCCCCCUCACACAAAGGUUCCUCCUCCCCAGAAGACCCAGGCUCCUCCUCCGGUCGUCACUGCCGCUGCCGACCGCUCCACCGCCGGCUUUGGAGCCCUCGUCGUCGCUGGCUUCGCCGCCAUGCUCAUGUAA